CCACUUCUUCCCUAGAAAAGACCCUUUCAAAACUUUCCCUUAGAUCCCAAUUCCCUCCCCUUCUCUCUCAAAUUCAACACCAACCUCUCUCCCCUCCAAUAUUUUCCCACAAACCAAACAACUCCGUUCAACUUCCUGCAAUCAAACUCCAAUCUAAAUUUACACAUUCUGUUUAGUUCUGCAGAAAACCAAACAUCAUGAUCUCUUCAGUGAAGCUCACAGCCUCGUCCUUCACAACCCGAAAGCUUCCUCUUCCGAAGCCUCAAUAUUUUUUACAACCCACUUCUCAAAAUGUCAAACAGAACCUUAUUAUUAACCAUUCCUUCUCUUGUCAGAAGCCACUUUACAUUUCAUCCAUUGAGAAUUUCUCAUUGCUAAAGAAAACAGAGCAGCGUGGAACAGAGUGCAAGGCCUACGAAGCUGACCAGUCUCGGCCGCUGGAGGUUAACAUUGAUCUCCCGGACGAGCAGGCUCGGUUGGAGGCGGCUCAGAGGCUCAGAAUUGGUAUAUAUUUCGCCACCUGGUGGGCUUUGAAUGUGGUGUUCAACAUAUACAACAAGAAGGUUUUGAAUGCUUUUCCUUACCCCUGGCUCACUUCGACGCUCUCACUCGCAACUGGGUCGCUCAUGAUGCUGAUCUCGUGGGCCACAAGGAUCGCUGAUGCUCCGAAAACCGAUUUGGAGUUCUGGAAGACUCUUUUCCCUGUUGCAGUGGCGCAUACAAUUGGACAUGUAGCAGCGACUGUGAGCAUGUCGAAAGUUGCAGUUUCUUUCACCCACAUUAUCAAAAGCGGUGAGCCUGCUUUCAGUGUCUUGGUUUCAAGGUUUUUGUUAGGUGAGACGUUUCCGGUGCCGGUUUAUUUGUCACUCCUGCCAAUUAUCGGAGGAUGUGCGCUUGCUGCUGUGACCGAGCUCAACUUCAAUAUGACUGGGUUUAUGGGGGCUAUGAUAUCGAAUUUGGCGUUUGUGUUUCGGAACAUAUUCUCAAAGAAAGGGAUGAAGGGGAAGUCUGUUAGUGGGAUGAACUACUAUGCAUGUCUAUCUAUAUUGUCUCUAUUGAUUCUUACACCUUUUGCCAUUGCCGUGGAGGGCCCUAAGAUGUGGGCUGCUGGCUGGGAAAAUGCCAUCUCUCAGAUUGGACCACAUUUCAUAUGGUGGGUUGCAGCCCAAAGUGUCUUCUAUCACUUGUAUAACCAAGUUUCAUAUAUGUCUCUCGAUCAGAUUUCUCCCUUGACAUUUAGCAUAGGAAACACGAUGAAGCGGAUAUCUGUCAUAGUCUCCUCUAUCCUAAUAUUCCACACACCUAUCCAACCCAUCAAUGCUCUUGGAGCUGCUAUCGCAAUUCUUGGCACCUUCCUCUAUUCACAGGCAAAGCUGUGAGGAAGUUAAGGAUUUGAUAAAAAUCAUGUAGCAUGUAGCAUGGAUGAGACAAAAGCGAUGAUGAUAACAUGGGCUGGAGCUGGAAGCAUUGCUGAUGACUGUUGAUUAAGGUUACUGGUAUUAGAUCGAGAUCAUUGGGACCCCACAGUGUUUCUUCUUCAAAAUCAUAGGAAUAGUAUAUUUGUUCAAUUUACAAGGGUGACUAUAGAUGAUAGUGUUCAUUUCCUCUGUUCACAAUUGAGAAAAUUUGUUGUAGUAGAUGAGUUCAAUAUUUGAGACGUGUUAAUUUGAGGCAAUAAUAAUGAUAAUUAUGAAUUUCCACAUUGA